CUUGAAAUAUUUAUUCGGCGGAACCUUUGGUGGGGAAGAAUAUACCGAAAGGACCCAGGCGACAAUGGCAGACGUACCAGAAAAUGCACCAGAACACUGCCCAGGUACCACAAGUGAGCAAGCAGGAAAGUCGUCAUCAUGCCAGGGCUGUCCCAACCAGAAACUGUGUGCCUCUGGAGCCACAAAAGCCCCAGAUCCUGCUAUCGCAGAAAUAGGAGCAAAGCUGUCAGAUGUCAAACACAAGAUCCUUGUGUUGUCAGGAAAAGGGGGAGUGGGGAAGAGCACCUUUAGUGCUCACCUGGCCCACGCCCUGGCAAGUGACAGCACAAAGGAGGUUGCCCUGCUGGAUGUAGACAUCUGUGGUCCAUCCAUUCCCAGGAUCAUGGGUUUAGAGGGAGAACAGGUUCACCAGAGUGGCUCUGGCUGGUCCCCUGUGUAUGUUGACGACAACCUGGCAGUCAUGUCUAUCGGCUUCCUGCUCAGUAGCCCCGAUGAUGCUGUGAUCUGGAGAGGACCCAAGAAGAAUGGGAUGAUCAAGCAGUUUUUAAGGGAUGUAGACUGGGGUGAGCUGGAUUACCUCAUCGUGGACACCCCGCCGGGCACCUCGGAUGAACAUCUGUCAAUCGUCCAGUACUUAAGCUCCACCCAUGUUGACGGGGCAGUUAUAAUCACCACCCCCCAGGAGGUGUCAUUGCAGGAUGUGCGGAAAGAGAUUCGGUUCUGCCAGAAGGUGAAGCUGCCCAUCAUCGGUGUGGUGGAGAACAUGAGCGGCUUUGUGUGUCCAAAAUGCAAGAACACAUCGCAGAUCUUCCCCCCCACCAGCGGAGGGGCUGAGAAAAUGUGCGCAGAUUUAAAGCUGCCUCUGUUGGGCAAGGUGCCCCUGGACCCGAGGAUAGCACGGAGCUGCGAUGAGGGCAAAUCUUUCCUCAAGGAAGUGCCCGACUCUCCUGCUGCUGAAGCCUACAUGAGAAUUGUGCAGAGGAUCCAGGAGUACUGCGCUAACAGAGAGACCGAGGAGCGGAGCACAACCUGAAAGCGUCAGAUGACGGCCACAUUGGACUCAAACACCGAGCCUGAUCACACAACAAGUGUGGUAGAAACUGAGUCACAAACACACAUAAGAAGGCUGAAGUUCUCAGCUUAAAAACCUUAAGAAAGCUGGUCAGAUUGGGUCAAGCAGCAGCUUUGAUAUCCGUUUAGUGAGUUGACCAGACAACAAAUAAAGAUUAUUUCUAAUAUAACUGAGCUGAAUUUUUAGGAAAGAAAUAUUGGUUACAGCUUGAUAAUACAGGUGGUUUAUCUAAAUAACACACAACAAUAAAGAAAACAUACUUUCUGAACAGAAAAGUCAGAAAACAGCUAAUUUUAUUAAAGAGCAAGUCCUAUAGUAGUUGUGGACGGUUCAGAGGACUGAUGUUGGUCGUGAAGGCGUAAUAGUGCACUAUUAAAGUUUAAUUGUUUUUGUUGUGUUGAGAAAAAAUCUCUUUGCGUUCAGUUUUUUAAUAAGAAUGAAAUUAAGACAGUACGUGCUUUGUUCACUCUUCCAUUCAUAGCUUGUCUUUUAAUGGAGUGAAUACAAAAACUAUAAUUAACCUAUAAUUAAGACUUCUGAUGGGAAUUACAGUGUAGGUGUGGACCUGUUCAGGAUCAAUGUCCUCAAAUAACAUGAAGUUAAUGUAGUUUGUUGCCAUUGUCCUGUAUACUGGAUUAAAGCAGUAAUAAAAAACUCUUUGUGCUUCA